AUGUUUCGCGCCGUGCUGUUCGGGGCCAUCAGCCUCUUGCUGCUGUCGUGCGCCGCGGCGGCGGCGGCGGCUGAUGGCGAGCGGCGAUCGUACAUCGUCCACAUGGACGUGGAGAAGAUGCCGGCGCCGUUCGUGGAGCACGAGGGAUGGUACCUCUCGGUGCUGUCAUCGCUUCCGUCCUCGACGACGGCAGGGGAGGGCGCGGCGCCGGUUCACCUGUACACGUACACGCACGUCAUGCACGGGUUCAGCGUGGUGCUCACCUCGCGGCAGCUGGAGGAGCUCAGGGCCGUGGAUGGCCACGUGGCCGCGUUCCCGGAGACGUACGGCCGGCUCCACACCACGCACACGCCGGCUUUCCUCGGGCUGAGCAGCGGCGGCUCGGGCGUCUGGCCGGCGUCCAAGUACGGCGACGGCGUGAUCAUCGGGAUCGUCGACACGGGCGUCUGGCCGGAGAGCGAGAGCUUCAGCGACGCCGGUAUGGACCCCGUCCCGGCGAGGUGGAAAGGCGCGUGCGAGGCCGGCCAGGCGUUCAAGGCGUCCAUGUGCAACCGGAAGCUCAUCGGGGCGCGCUCCUUCAGCAAGGGCCUCAAGCAGCGCGGUCUCACGAUCGCGCCCGACGACUACGACUCGCCGCGGGACUACUACGGCCACGGCUCGCACACGUCGUCCACGGCGGCCGGUGCCGCCGUCAGCGGCGCGAGCUACUUCGGCUACGCCAACGGCACGGCCACCGGCAUCGCCCCGAAGGCCCGGGUGGCCAUGUACAAGGCCGUGUUCUCGGGCGACACGCUGGAGUCCGCGUCCACUGACGUGCUGGCCGCCAUGGACCUGGCCAUCGCCGACGGCGUCGACGUGAUGUCGCUGUCCCUGGGCUUCCCGGAGACGUCCUACGACACCAAUGUGAUAGCCAUCGGAGCCUUUGCCGCCAUGCAGAAGGGCGUCUUCGUGGCGUGCUCGGCCGGGAACGACGGCUCUGACGGGUACACCAUCAUGAACGGCGCGCCCUGGAUCACGACCGUUGGCGCCGCGAGCGUCGACAGGGACUUCACCGCGACCGUCACGCUCGGCAGCGGCGCGACCGUCCAGGGCAAGUCGGUGUACCCGCUGAACACGCCGACCACCAGCGCGAACCUCUACUACGGCUACGGCAACAGGAAGAAGCAAAGGUGCGAGCCCACCAGCCUGAGAAGCAAGGACGUGAGAGGGAAGUACGUCUUCUGCUCCGCCGACCCGAGCACCGAGAUCGAGGAGCAGAUGGACGAGGUGCAGAGCAAGGGCGGCCUCGGCGCCAUCAUCGCGAGCGACAUGAAGCAGUUCCUCCAGCCGACGGAGUACACCAUGCCGGUGGUGCUGGUCACCCAGUCGGACGGCGCGGCCAUCGCCAAGUACGCGACGGCACGGCCAGCCAGAGGGUCGCCCAAGGCGAGCGUCCAGUUCGGCGGCACGGUGCUCGGGGUCAAGCCGGCGCCGACUGUGUCCUACUUCUCCGCCCGCGGGCCCGGCCAGAUCAGCCCGACGAUCCUGAAGCCGGACAUCGUCGCGCCGGGGGUGGACAUCCUGGCGGCGUGGGUGCCCAACAAGGAGAUCAUGGAGCUCGGCAAGCAGAAGCUCUUCACCAAGUACAAGCUCAUCUCCGGCACGUCCAUGUCGUCGCCGCACGUCGCCGGCGUGGUCGCCCUCCUGCGGUCGGUGCACCCUGACUGGAGCCCGACGGCCAUCCGGUCCGCCAUGAUGACAACGGCGUACGUGAAGGACAGCGCCAGCAACGUCAUCGUCAGCAUGCCGAGCGGGUCACCAGGAACGCCACUGGACUUUGGCAGUGGCCACGUCAGCCCCAACGAGGCCAUGGACCCUGGCCUCGUGUACGACGUGGCGGCAGACGACUACGUCAACUUCCUGUGCGCCCUGCACUACAGCAGCCGCCAGAUAUCGACCAUCACCGGCCGGCGAAACCCCAGCUGCGCCGGAGCAAACCUGGACCUGAACUACCCGUCCUUCAUGGUCAUCCUCAACAGGACCAACUCCGCCACACACACGUUCAAGAGGGUACUGACAAACGUCGCAGCCGCACCAGCUAAGUACAGUGUGUCAGUGACGGCGCCAGCAGGGAUGAAGGUGACGGUUUCGCCGACGGCGCUGUCCUUCAGCGGCAAAGGCAGCAAGCAGCCGUUCACAGUCACGGUGCAGGUCAGCCAGGUGAAAAGGAACUCAUAUGAGUACAACUACAUUGGGAACUAUGGGUUCUUGAGCUGGAAUGAAGAUGGAGGCAAGCAUGUUGUCAGGAGCCCAAUAGUCUCUGCAUUUGCUCAAUGA